GUACAGCCAUGCGAAAAGUCAUGACAGAUAUGUUUGAAAUAUCUUGUGAUAAUGUAACAGAACAUUUUUAUCGAUUAUAUACAUGUUUGUGUUAAAUUACUGAACGUAUCGCAAGAGAGCGCUACGUCCAUACCGAGCUAGCUAUCAUUCUUUUCUUCGUUAAUAAUAAUAACUAAAUUCGUCGAACCGCUUGAAUAAUUAUAUUCUUUGAAUUCAUAUAUAUGUAUAUAUGUACACACACACACACACACAUAUGUAUAUGUAUAUAUAUACACAUAAAGUAUUAUUUAAGCUGCAAAGUUUCCGAAUUUGGGGAACAAAUUUCUCGUAUCUGAAAUAAAUUUGUAUUUGUGAAUACAUGUGUUUCACGUGAUAAUGACAUGCUUAUUUAAGAGCGCGCAAAAAAUGUUUCCACAUAAUACUACUUAUGUUCUAAGAAGAACGUGAUACGCUUGUACCAAUUAAUAUAGAUAAUAGAAAAUAUUUAACAGUUGUGUAAAAAGUUUAUACAUAAAAAUAUGGAUACAACUUGGGAGGAUUUUUAUGCUAAACACCCACCACCUCAAGACUUUAAUCAGAAUGAAAUAUUAUUGAAAGCAUUUGUAGAACGACAAUUGAAGAGAAAUAAUAAAGUCGUGUUAGUAACAAGCGGGGGUACAACGAUACCUUUAGAACACAAUACGGUAAGAUUCGUUGACAAUUUUAGCGCAGGGACAAGAGGGUCUGCAUCUACGGAAUAUUUCCUAGAAAAUGGAUAUGCUGUAAUUUUUAUGCAUAGGGUUAAUUCUCUGGAACCUUUUUCAAGACAUUUUAAGAGUCAGAAAAUUUUGGAUAUGUUGGAGAUCAAUGAACAAAGUGGGGAAAGCACGAUCACAGUCUUACCACAAUAUAGAGAAAACGUGAUAAAAGUAUUACACAAAUAUAAAGAAAUUUUGAAUCAAGAUAAAUUAUUGCAACUCACUUUCACUACGCUUUCUGAAUAUCUUUGGCUUCUUCGAUCUGCCUGUCAAGCAUUAGCUUGUCUUAAAAAUAAAGCAAUUUUGUAUCUUGCAGCUGCAGUUUCAGAUUUCUAUAUCCCAUCUAAUGAAUUGUCUUUUCACAAAAUUUCUUCUAGUGGACCGCCAACAAUAUCUCUACAGUUAGUGCCAAAAAUAUUAGCUCCUCUCGUAAGUUUGUGGGUUCCAGAGGCUUUUGUAAUAUCUUUUAAAUUAGAAACUGAUGAAAGUCUUCUAAUUUCAAAAGCAAGAAAUGCACUAAAUAAGUACAAACACAACUUAGUUAUAGGAAACAUGUUGCAUACUCGAAAACAAGAAGUUACGAUUGUCAGUCAAGAGAAUAAUGAUGUUAUUUCUCUUACUAACGAGCAAUUAAAUAAAGGUGAAGAAAUCGAACAAUCGAUUGUCAGUAUUCUCAUUGAUAAACACAGAACUUUUAUACAAUCUACCAAACAAUGUAAUUAAUGUAUAUCUUGUCUAUAUAUAUUCAAUUAAUAAAACUCAUUUUAAUGUAAACAAUAUUGAAUAAAUAUUACUCAAUUUUA